GAGGGCCCUAGCCUGACGUCGAAGGCCGUCGGCCGGGCACAGGGCACGUACGUGCUGGCCGCCAUGGACGCCCCCGUGCUGGCGGUGAGCGUGACGGUGGUGAUCACCGAGGGGCCGUACAACGGGAGCACCCUUGUCAUCGCCGGCCGCGACGACAUCUCCCAGGAGGUGAGGGAGCUCGCGGUGGUCGGCGGGACGGGGCAGCUCCGGCCGGCCACCGGGCACGUGGUGUGGAGGUCGGCCGAGGACGUGUCAGCGGUGUACAUGGUGCUGGAGCUGGACGUGCACGCGACGGUACCGAACGGCGCUGCUGCUGGUCGUCGUCAUGGAUGGGGCUGGCCGGCCGCCGCCGAGGGCAUCAGGAACAUGUCGGCCGGUUUGUCCGCUGAUUCCUAGAACAAGUCUGCCAUUGUCGCCACUUGUAAAACUCAACAUCUCUACCACAAAAAUAAAUACU